GCCGCGCGUGCGCACUAGGGGGCUGUAGCAUGUGGGCUUUUUCGGCCAGGCGGUAAGAUGCAGAGGGCAGCGGGGUGAACCGAUGCUGAAGCUGCAAGGGACGCUGCUGUGGGGCACAGGGAGCCUCCGUGUUGGGAUGAGAUGUCACUCGACCAGGGUAAAAGAAGAAACCAGGAAACUAUGGUUACAUGAGCAGGUGGAGCUGCUGGAGGUGUUGGAAGCUAGAGUGAAGCAACUCCGGGCUGACCACAAAUCGGAGCUCCUGAAGCCCAACCUCCAGCUAUGUCAGGCCAAGAAAUUCAGUUACUUUCCGAGUGCCCAAGGCCAGAAGACCCCUGCACGCCAAGCAGCUCAGGGCAAGUUGGUCGCGACGGAUGACACUAGGCUUGCCGUCAACUCUUGGAAGUCCAAAAUGAAGGUGGAAAAACAAGCCAAGAAAAUGAAGCGUUGGGACCUGAACACCAGGACCUUGGAAGCCAUCCUCUCUUCUAAAACUCUGGUGGAAAAAGCCGUCAGGUGCUCUUCCGCAUCCGUCAGGAAAUCUGUAGCGGAUGGCUCCAAGGCGCAGUCGGAUAGCAACAUCACCUUGACUGGGAUCCGAAUCUGGGACAGAAAUGUGCCUCCUGUUUCUUCUUCUCCUCCUUCUUCUCCUCCUCCUUCUCCUCCUUCUUCUCCUUCUUCUGCUGCUGCUGUCAAGGCCUCGUCCGAGCCUGUGCUGAUGCUGAAUGGGAGGUCGCUUCCAGAAAUGAUAGUCUUCCAGGACGAUAUCCGGAUGACCAUUUUAGCCUACAUGGACACUUCCCUGUUCAAGGGCCAGAAGAGGAAAGCCCUGCAGUGUUUGUUAUAUUUCCACAAUACCCCGGGGCUGAAGAAGUUUCUGACUACGCAGAUGUUCAGUCUCCUCAUGUGUCAUUAUGCCAAACAGGGUGCACUUAAGAAAAUUGGCUGGCUGUUUUCUGUGCUGGAGGAAAAUAACCUCAAGCCGAAUCAGGAUUGUUACAUGGCUGUGCUAAAUUGCAUGGGUCGAAUCAAAGCGGAACCCCUUAUCAUUUCAAGAUGCAUCGAACAGCUGGAAAGUGAGGGUUUCUCCUUGCAAAACUUCUUCAAGGAUUCCACUUACGAAGACAACGAAGUCACAAUGGUCCUCAGGGCCAUCCAGACGGUCAAGCCAGACUUCCAGCCACAAUUCUUUUCCCCUCCAACUUCCACCAUGCCGCUACUGGAAAAAUUCUACAGGACGAAGACGCCCGUUUCUUACACCAAGCUCAAUUUCACUGUAGAAGAGCUGAAGCAGCGAUUCCGAAAACAGUACAAGAUGGAGACUUCCGACAGGGUCACGGUUGAUUCGGUGGAAGCCACCAAACCGAUCACGGCUACAACUAUCAAAGCGCGAGAAAUUUUGAGCAAGAUCCGUUCUCACUGGGAAGCCGCUUUGCUUCGCAACCUGACGAAGCUCCAGAAGCAAGAGAACAUUUGGCGCACCUCCAAACUAGACCUGUACCCCUUUCUUUGCGUGCUGACCAACGAGGAAUACGUAGAUCUGAUGAUGCAGACGGUUUUCAGCCUGCCAGCCCUUGGGGAAUGCGUCAGCAUCUUAGCCAAGGAUCUGGGUACUAGAAUCUACAAUAAAUACACUAUUGUUAGAAAAAACUGCACCAUUUCGGAGGAAAAUUUUGAGAAGACCUAUGAUAGCUAUGUCCAGCUUUUGGCCAGAGAUAAUCAGGUGAAUAAUUUUUUGCCACGGGAAUAUUGGGAGAAGCUGAGAGAGGAGGUGGGCUAUAGCCCUUCCUUGAUAUCCAAGCAAGUCGUUUGGCCCCCAAGCCUGUUGAUUCAGCUGGGUUUUCAGCUGAUCGAACUGAUGGUCCAAACUCUCAAGCUCGACCACAGCCUGCUGCCUUUGCUCCCCAAGGACGCUGUCAUUCCCGUUCUGUACCACGUCUAUUCUUUCCGCGGAACCAAGCAGAUCGGUUUCGUUAAACCUCACUCUAUCCUGAUCCGGCUUCUCCAGGAGGCUGUGGAGACGACCCUCACCUUCGACUCUUUUAUCCUCCCCAUGCAAUGUCCCCCCGUGCCCUGGGUCUCUUCCCACUUCGGGGCCUAUACUCUCUCUCCGGUCAAGCUGAUGCGAUGCCAAGACGGGGUGGUCCAGCACGAGCUUCUCUUAGACGAGUGCCCUCACGACCACCUCUGCUUGGUCCUGGAUGCGCUGAACUUUCUGGGCAACUGCCCUUGGAAAGUCAACCAGCCCGUCUUGGACGUGGUCAUCUCCAUCUUCAACGACAAAGGCGACGAGAAACUGGACAUCCCUCCGCCGCCAUCUUGGGAGGCCCAAGAGCUUGCCAAGCAGCUGGCCAAGAGCGAGCCCAUGUCCAAGAUGGCUCUGAAAUGGAAGAUGUCCCAGUACCGUAAGAAGGCCAGGGAGACCUACAGCCUGCGGAUGGACAUGCUCUACAAGCUCUCCAUCGCCAAGCACCUGAAAGACGAGGCUUUCUGGUUCCCCCACAAUCUGGAUUUCCGCGGGAGGACCUACCCGUGCCCUCCUCACUUCAACCACCUGGGGGGUGACUUCACGCGGGGGAUUCUCCUCUUUGCGGAAGGAAAGCCCCUUGGACCAUACGGCCUGAAAUGGCUGCAGAUCCAUCUGGUCAACCUGACUGGGCUGAAGAAGAAGCAGUCUCUGAGGGAGAGGUUGGCCUACGCCAUUCGGAUCAUGCCGGACAUCUUGGAUUCGGCAGACAACCCAUUAACGGGCAAGAGGUGGUGGAUGGACACCGAUGAGCCGUGGCAAGUUUUGGCGUGUUGCAUGGAGAUCGCAAAGGCUGUUCGGUCUCCCAAUCCUGCUGAAUACGUCUCCCAUUUUCCUGUUCAUCAGGAUGGUUCAUGCAAUGGGCUUCAGCACUACGCCGCACUCGGGCGCGACGUGCUUGGCGCCUUCUCUGUCAAUCUCAUCCCGUCAGCAGUUCCUCAGGACGUCUACACCUCUGUGGCUCAACAGGUGGAGAUAGCCCGGAAGAAAGACGCGGCAAAUGGAGUCAAAAUUGCUCAGGUCCUGGACGGCUACAUUACUCGGAAGGUGGUGAAGCAGACAGUAAUGACGGUUGUGUAUGGAGUCACCCAAUACGGGGGGCGUCUCCAGAUAGAAAAACAGCUCAAGGAGAUUGAAAACUUCCCGAAGGAGGAUAUUUGGCAAGCUUCCAAGUAUCUUGUCCAGCAAGUCUUCCAAAGCCUUUCCGAAAUGUUCUCCGGGUCUCGGGAAAUUCAGAACUGGCUGACCGAAAGUGCCUGGCUGAUUUCCAAGAUCGGCCAGACGGUGGAGUGGGUGACCCCCCUGGGCCUGCCCAUCAUUCAGCCUUACCACAACAAGAAAUCCAUGUUGGUAAAGGGUGAGUUGCAGAACCUCCACUUAAAGUCAAGCUACAAGGUGGACCAGAAGCCAAAUACACGAAAGCAGAAGAAUGCUUUUCCACCCAACUUCAUCCAUUCUCUGGAUUCCAGCCACAUGAUGUUGACAGCUUUGCACUGUCAAAAGGCUGGGCUAACAUUUGUCUCUGUGCAUGACUGUUUCUGGACACAUGCAGCAACGGUUGACAUAAUGAAUAAAAUAUGCCGUGAACAGUUUGUAGCCCUACACAGCCAACCCAUUUUGGAGGACCUUUCAAACUUCAUGUUGCAGAAAUACUGUUCCGAUACCACAACGUGUGAAAGCGAUAAAAAGAAGAAGGGCCAGAAAGCUGUCCAGGCCAAGAUCCAGGAGCUGAAAGCUUUACUGGCUAAUAUUCCCAAGAAAGGUGACUUCCAACUAAAAAAGGUGAAGAGAUCAGUCUACUUUUUCAACUGAUUCUGCAAGAUCAUCUUUCUCCUGAUCCUCUCUACGUUCGAACUUAGACCCAGCCGGGGUGUCCGGGCGACAUUGAGAAGGAGCAACUCCCGUUUCUCUCCAGUCUCCCUGAACGGGAUUGAAAAUGUACCCGGUUCCUUAAAUUUGUUCCCUCUCUCAGUGCUUCUGGAGGGAAUCAGCCUGACAAGGAAUUCCUUUCCCACAGAGGAGUUGGAAACGCGUCACCCCAAAAACUGGGUUUUUAGAUUUAUCAGGGACACAUAAGGUACCUGGGCGUAAGUGUGCAA